CCCAGAAUGAGGGUCACGAUGCCGCCAACUUUCCUCUUGCUGCUCUCAGGGACCCUGACCCAGACCUGGGCGGGCUCCCACUCCAUGAGAUAUUACAAAACCGCCGUGUCCCAGCCUGGCCGCGGGGAGCCCCGCUUCAUCGCCGUCGGCUACGUGGACGACACGCAGUUCGUGCGGUUCGACAGCGACGCCGCGAGUCCGAGGAUGGAGCCGCGGGCGCCGUGGGUGGAGCAGGCGGGGCCGGAGUAUUGGGAAGAAGAGACGCAGAAAAUGAAGGGCCACGAACAGGAUUUCCGAGUGGGCCUGAACACCCUGCGCGGCUAUUACAACCAGAGUGAGGCAGGGUCUCACACCUUCCAGAAGGUGUCUGGCUGCCACGUGGGGCCGGACGGGCGCCUCCUCCGCGGGUAUAAACAGUAUGCUUACGACGGCGCCGAUUACAUCGCCCUGAACGAGGACCUGCACUCCUGGACCGCGGCGGACACGGCGGCUCAGAUCACCCAGCGCAAGUGGGAGGCGGCCGGUGAGGCCGAGUACGACAGGAACUACCUGGAGGGCCCGUGCGUGGAGUGGCUCCUCAGAUACCUGGAGAACGGGAAGGAGACACUGCAGCGCGCGGAACUCCCCAAAAGUCACGUGACCCAUCACCCUAUCUCUGACCAUGAGGUCACUCUGAGGUGCUGGGCCCUGGGCUUCUACCCUGCGGAGAUCACCCUGACCUGGCAGCGUGAUGGGGAGGACCUGACCCAGGACACGGAGUUUGUGGAGACCAGGCCUGCAGGGGAUGGGACCUUCCAGAAGUGGGCUGCUGUGGUGGUGCCUUCUGGGGAGGAGCAGAGAUACACGUGCCAUGUGCAGCACGAAGGGCUGUCUGAGCCCCUCACCCUAAGAUGGGAGCCGCCGCCUCAGCUCAUCAUCCCCAUCGUGGGCAUUGUUGCUGGCCUGGUUCUCCUUGGAGCUGGAGCUGUGAUGUGGAGGAAGAAGUGCUCAGGUGAAAAAAGCAGGAGCUCUGCUCAGGCUACUGACAAUGACAGUGCCCAGGGCUCUGAUGCAUCUCUCAUGGAUCCCAAAGUCUGAGACAACUGCCUUGUGGGGGAUGGAGUGAUGCAAGAUUAAUUCACACCUCCCCUUGUGACACAAGAAUCCUUGACUUCUCUUUCUGCAACUGGCAUCUGAAUGUGUCUGUGUUCCUAUCAGCAUAAGGUCAGGAGCGGAGGAGAUUAGCCCACUGCCGGUCCACCAUGACUCCCUCCCCACACUGAUCUGUGUUCUUUUUCCUGAUCGACUUUCCUCUUCCAGCAGAAGUGAGACUGGCCUGUCUCCAUCCUUGUCUUAACUUCAUGUUGCAAUGAGUAGUAAUGACUUGCUUCCUUAUUGAAAAUAUGAAUCCAGAUAUGAAUUUUUUUCUAUUUCUUGUCUAAGGGAUUG